CUUCCACCACACUCCUCUAUAAAUCCUUGUGCUCCGUCUGCCCUCCCCGUCCCCGAGACACAGACCAAACCGAAUCAAAUUCCGUCGCCGAGCAACUCCGCCCCCGCUUCGCGCCGCCCGCCUCGGAAGAGGAAGUAAAUCAUGGCGACGGGUCAAAUUUUCUCAAAAACCACCCAAGCAUUAUUCUACAAUUACAAGCAACUCCCUAUCCAACGCAUGCUUGAUUUUGACUUCCUCUGUGGGAGAGAAACACCUUCUGUUGCUGGAAUAAUCAAUCCUGGUUCUGAUGGGUUCCAGAAACUUUUCUUUGGACAAGAAGAAAUUGCUAUUCCAGUUCAUCCUACAAUUGAAGCUGCUUGCAACGCACACCCAACUGCCGAUGUAUUUAUCAACUUUGCAUCCUUCCGGAGCGCGGCUGCUUCUUCAAUGUCAGCUUUAAAGCAGGCAACUAUCCGAGUUGUAGCCAUUAUAGCUGAAGGAGUUCCUGAAUCAGAUGCAAAGCAGCUAAUUAGCUAUGCACGUGCUAACAAUAAGGUCAUCAUUGGACCUGCGACAGUUGGAGGAGUUCAGGCUGGUGCUUUCAAGAUUGGUGAUACCGCUGGAACCAUUGACAACAUAAUUCAAUGCAAGCUGUACAGGCCCGGAUCUGUUGGUUUUGUGUCUAAAUCGGGUGGCAUGUCAAAUGAGAUGUACAACACCAUUGCAAGAGUGACAGAUGGUAUUUAUGAAGGAAUUGCAAUUGGAGGAGAUGUUUACCCUGGUUCAACUCUUUCAGAUCACAUUCUGCGUUUUAAUAACAUACCUCAGGUUAAAAUGAUGGUUGUUCUUGGGGAGCUUGGAGGAAGCGAUGAGUAUUCACUUGUUGAAGCCUUGAAACAAGGAAAGGUUCAGAAACCUGUUGUUGCUUGGGUUAGCGGGACAUGUGCAACUCUAUUCAAAUCUGAGGUCCAGUUUGGCCAUGCUGGUGCGAAGAGUGGUGGUGAGUUGGAAUCAGCACAAGGUAAGAAUCAGGCGCUAAGGGAUGCUGGCGCAGUUGUCCCUACUUCAUUUGAAGCCCUCGAAAGCGUGAUUAAGGAGACAUUUGAGAAGCUGGUUGAGGAAGGAAAAGUUCCUGUCGUCCCUGAGGUCACACCUCCCCCCAUUCCUGAGGAUCUUAAAACUGCAAUUAAAAGUGGGAAGGUCCGAGCUCCCACCCACAUUAUCUCCACUAUCUCCGAUGAUAGAGGUGAGGAACCUUGCUACGCUGGUGUACCCAUGUCUACAAUUAUUGAACGGGGUUAUGGAGUUGGCGAUGUUAUUUCCCUUUUGUGGUUCAAGCGCAGCCUUCCUCGUUAUUGCACUCAGUUUAUUGAGAUAUGCAUCAUGCUUUGCGCCGAUCAUGGUCCUUGUGUAUCCGGUGCUCACAAUUCUAUAGUUACUGCCAGGGCUGGAAAGGACCUUGUUUCCAGCUUGGUAUCUGGAUUGUUGACAAUUGGCCCCCGAUUUGGUGGUGCAAUUGAUGACGCUGCUCGGUACUUCAAAGAUGCAUAUGAUAGGGGUCUUACGCCUUAUGAAUUUGUUGAGGGCAUGAAAAAGAAGGGAAUCCGUGUCCCUGGGAUUGGUCACAGGAUCAAGAGCAGAGAUAACAGGGACAAGAGAGUGCAGCUUUUACAGAAAUAUGCUCACACACAUUUCCCUUCAGUCAAGUACAUGGAAUACGCUGUUCAGGUGGAGACCUACACCCUGUCAAAGGCCAACAAUUUGGUUAUGAACGUUGAUGGUGCCAUUGGGUCACUUUUCUUGGAUCUUCUUUCUGGGAGUGGAAUGUUCAGCAAGCAAGAGAUCGACGAGAUCGUAGAGAUUGGGUAUCUUAAUGGACUCUUUGUGCUUGCACGCUCAAUUGGCCUAAUUGGGCACACCUUUGACCAGAAGAGGCUCAAGCAACCUCUGUACCGUCACCCGUGGGAGGAUGUCCUAUACACCAAGUGAGGCUGACUUGUUCUUUCAGCAUGGCAUCGUAUUGGUUGUCCACCUGUGUGUACACUACAUAAAAUUGAGCAUAAUUGCAUAGAAUUCAAAGUUCUGAAAAUGUUGAUGGAACUAGGAGAGAUGGAGAGAGAAGACCGUUACAAAUGAACACUGGUUGUGUGUUUUAUGUAAGCUCCAAUUGUAAGUGUUUUAGAUUCUUCAACAGAUAUUGGAAAAGGAUACUUAAUAAUUCUUUCAUGUUAUAUCAAUUAAGUUAACUUCGAAUUUACUUCGACAACUUGGGUAGUGCUGUAAUGGUUUUGAGGCCCCCCAACACAAAAUUCUGAAUUCUGUAUUGCCA